AUGGAACGUCACCAAACGAACAGUAGCCAUACGAGAACCACAGCUUUCGGAAUUGAAUCAACCACGAACUACAACUUGGCACAAGUGCUCGAUCACAGCCCACUUGACUUCCCUCGUCCUAUCCAACAACAACAUGUGUCUUCAAAGGAACAACAACAACAGUUCAUGACUCUUCCCUGUGCUGGUGGUGGACAAGUGGACUCAUUGAUCAAUGAAUAUGAACCCUUGUAUCAUUCGUCUUCAUCAAAUUGCUCGUCAUCGUGUUCAGAUCAUGGUCAAUCUCGCAUGGAACCACAAGCGACUGGUGAGGCAAGAAGAAAAAGAACCAUUCCAAAGAAUCAAGAAAGAUGCGAAAUGAAAGAAACAAAUUCUUCCAUUACGUCGACGAAUGGUCGAUUGCAUGUGUCUCUUGACGAAAUGUCCAAGUAUUUUCACGCCUCUCAAAUGAUUGCUGCCCGCAUGUUGGGAGUGAGUGUUUCUACACUGAAACGACGAUAUAAGGAAGUGAGUCAUGGAAAACGAUGGCCCUAUUCAAAGAUGUCCAUUCAUGAGAAAAAGAAAAGUUUAUGGUUUUAUAUCAAUGAUGAGAAUGAAAAUGAAACCACCAUUUCUAAAGAGUGUCAUCAGGUGCUGCAGAAAGCGUUUCAUAAUUGUACUCUUCCAACAUCGUAUUACUUUUCCGAUUUGAAAAUGCAUCACAAGAGACAAGUCACGUUUCAAAGAUAUGUGCCCUCGAACCAGCAGCAAGGUGCAGUUGAUAAGAUACGACCUGAUCGUCAUCAGCAGCAGCGUGCUGCGAAUAAAUAG